AUGGCUUCAAGGUUACUUCAGGGUGCCAGGGCUCUGGAGGUCCAGUCCUUGAGGGCCUGUGGCCCGGCUCAGGCUGUGGCUCCCUCCAUUGUGAGCAGAGGAGGUAUCCCUUCUGAUGAAGAGCAGGCUACUGAUGGUGGCAAGGAACGAUUUGGAUGCCUACAAUAUGUUAGCUCCAAAGGCAGCUCAGGGGACUACCAAGGAGCCAAACCUGACAAACAAAUAGUGGGUUGUAUCUUUGAAGAGGAAAACAGUGCAGUCAUCUGGUUCUGGAUUGACAAAGGCAAGACACAGAGUUGA